UUCAGCAUUUUUGAAUGUUUUUAAAUUUUCUAUUUUGUUAUUAAUAUAACUAAUAAAUAACAAAUUUAUUUUGCCUGGAUACAACUAAAACAUUAAACUAUGGGUGCCUGUGCUGGAAAACACUCUUAUAUUAAGAGUGAAUUACGUGAUGUUUAUCUACCGGAGCCGAUCAAGAAUAACAAUAAUAACAAUGAUUUGAUCGUAAAAUUUCGUGAAUCACAAAACCCCGGAAACAAGAAUUUACCGAAAAUAUAUCGCAUGUCAUACUUGAGCAGCGAUUUUGAUCCAAAAGCGUUUGACUUCAGCGAUGACCUGUGCCAACAUAUAUUGAGCUACUUGUGCUGGGAGGACAGGUUGAGGUUAGAGUGUGUUUGCACUCAAUGGCGACGACUGAUGUAUAAUAGCGUAAACACCAUCGACUACCCGAUUCCACGACAGGCUUUUCCCAACAGUGAAAUCAUUAGACAGGAUAGGUAUUGGCUUUUUGUGUCGCGACAAGUGCUCAGAAAAUGUCAUUUUCUAAGACACGUAAAACUAUGGCCCGUUUGUGACAGUGAAGUGUUGAUGAUUUUGGCGAAAAACUGUCAAAACUUGGAAACAAUUGAAUGGCGUUUUCAUAACAUGAAACCCGUCCGUCGGGAACUGCUCAACAAUAUUACUGAUAAUUGUGGCCAUUGUUUGACAAGUGUUAAACUCCGGGAGUUAGCCAAUGAUGAGUUUCAUUCAGAGUCCGGGCUAUCAGUACUUAUAGUUUACAGUGAGUUUCUGGUUAAUGUCAACUCAGUCACAGUUUCUAUUGAUUCAGAUAAAUGUCUUAAAUAUUUCAUACUAUUAGCCGAUAUUUAUAGAGAUCGCAUCACAUCAUUGACACUAAGACUUAAAUUUAGCACUUUUUACACACAAUUAGAUGAAACAUUUGAAACUAUAGCACAGUUUCAAGGAUUGAAAUCUUUGCAUUUAAUUAUUGAAUCAGACAAUGCACUUGAUUUGGACUUAACAUUAGGUGCAAACAUAUUGCACGAAAACUGUCCACAACUGAUUCACUUAUCACUGGAAAUCAGGGACAGUAUACGAUGUCCAUCAGCACCGGUACUUAUAAGCAUACAGUCAUUGGUGAAACUGGAAUCUCUUUAUUUGACGCUCAGGUGCACUGACAUAGAGUUGGGAUCAUUAAAAUCGUUGCAAUCACUGACACACUUAACACAACUAAGCAUUUUAUACACAAAUCUAAGCGAUGAACAUAUGAAUGAGAUUCACGACAACUGUCCAUACCUUCAAAAAUUAAAACUAAUAACUCGACAAAACCUUUCUAAUGAGUCGUUGUAUAGCAUAUCACACCUGAAAUUUCUAGUAGAUCUCAGGAUAUAUUGCACACCAUAUUGUGUAUUGAAUAUAACCGAUACGGGUGUCUGUCAAGUGCUAAAUAAUUGUCAACACAUAAGAAAUAUUUUGUUUGAAUGUGGAGUUCAAAUAUCACAACUAACUUUGCUUACACUCAACGCAUUGGCCAACAGUAUACCAAAAACUGCAUUUAAGUUUAGCUUUUGUUGGCAACGAUCGGUGGAUAUCGGCGACCGAUAUGAUCAGUGGUCACGUCUACCAGCACACGAAUUAUGGCCAGAAUUGUUGUGUUUACCCGAAAACUUGACAAUUGUUUGCCGCGAGUAUUUUGUAGGAAAAUGCGGCACAAGUAUGGCAAAUGCCGUACAAAAUUAUGAGAAGUAAUUUCAGUGGCCACCACUUGCUUUAAAGUUAGAUAAAACAUUAGAGAACCUGGAGAUUCAAUAUAGUCCACAAUUGC